GAAAAAAAAAGUUAAUGAAGAAUAUGAAUUAAAUAUACCUCCUCCAAAAAAUAAAGCAAGAGCAGUGGUAGAUCUUAAAAUGAUGAAAGAAGAAUUAAAACAAUUAGAAGAUCCUCCAUUGACUGUAUGGGAAAAAGAAAUAUGUUCAAAUAGAUUACCAUAUUCAUUUUUUGAUUGUCCCUGUGAAGAAUUAGCUCAAAGUUUAUUAGGAAAAAUAUUAGUUCGUUGUUUAGAAAAUGGAACUAUUUUAAAAGGUAGAAUUGUUGAAACAGAAGGAUAUUUAGGAGUAAUUGAUAAAGCAUCUCAUACAUAUCAAAAUAAAGUUACUCCUCGUAAUAUACCAAUGUAUAUGCCACCAGGAACUAUAUAUGUAUAUAUGACAUAUGGAAUGUAUCAUUGUUUCAACAUAUCUAGCCAAGAGUCAGGAGCACAUGUAUUAAUUAAAGCAGUUGAACCUAUGCUUGGCCUUGAUUAUAUGGAAUUACUAAGAAAUAUGCAAUCAGAAAAAAAUAAAAAAGAAAAGAAAAUUGUAAAAAAUGUCAGAAGCUUUAAAAGAUAUGAACUUUGUAACAGUCCAACCAAAAUUUGUACAGCUUUUGUUAUUGAUGAAGAUAGCUUCAAUCAAAAAAAGAUUUAUGAGUGUAGUGAUUUAUGGAUAGAAUGUGAUCCUCAUAUAAAGUCAACUACUAUUGUAGCAGCAAAUUCUGAUGAUUCAAAUAAUGAACAAAAAAUGUGGAGAUAUUAUGUAUUAGGAAGUGAAGGGUGUGCUGUUUUAAUAAGAGCUGUUGAACCUUUAGAAGGUAUUGAAUACAUGACUAAUCAACGAACUUCAAAGGGAUUAUCAAAUACAUCUAAAAAACUUUCAAAAGUUUUAAAAACAUAUGAGUUAUGUAAUGGCCCAUCAAAGUUAUGUAUAGCCUUCCAGCUUCAUAAAAAUCAUAGUAAAUAUUCUUUAUGCUCUUGGAAAAGUUUGUGGAUUGAAAAUGAUGAAAUAGAAGAAAUCAAUAUUGUUAAAUGUCGUCGAAUAGGUAUAGAUAACUAUGGAGAAGAAUGGACAAAUAAACCAUUACGAUAUUAUAUCUAUGGGAAUAAAGCUGUGAGUAAAAGAAAUAAAGAAGCAGAAUUACAUUUGGGAUUGCAUUAAAAAAUUAUUAUAAUCUAUUAUUUUGAACAUAUUUAAAUUAAUAUUUUUUAAUGUGAUUUAGUAUUUUAAAAAUUUAUAUUUUGAAUGUACACACUUAAUAAUAUACUCAAAAUUAAUUUUAAGUUAUAAAUAAUUAUAAUGCAUGUAUGAAAUAAAUAAUCUUUAAAUAUGAA